AUGCGGCUCGCGGGGACGACGACGGAAGAGGUGUCGAGCACGUCCACGCGCGUGUUGAAGGAGGAAGAGGAGCGAGUGAUCGGCGAGCUGUUCGAAAGCACUCGUCAUGCGACGACGGAAGGGAUCUCGAGCUUGGAUAGGAUCCUAAAGCUCGAGCUUGAAGACGCCGACCGCGCUCUCUCUGACGCGUUGGAGUCAUCGGGAAGCGUCAUGGCUUCGUUGUCCGCGUACGUAUCCGAAGUCGAACGCUCGAUGGAGGACGUGAACGCGUGGUCCACGGUGUUUGAAACAAAACUGGUUAAUAUGCGUAGGAACAUCGAGAUUAUCAAAGGCAGAGACGACAAGCGAGACGUCUCCAACGAGAACAAGCGAGCGCUCGCAGCUGCCGUGCGGGGCUUGCUUGGGGAGUUAGAGUUACCUGUUGGUGUCGAGCGUGCAGUCCGCGAGCAUUCACUCGAUGAUGAACGAGGCAUUUUGACCAUCUACGACGCACUGCGUCGGCUGUUGGACUUCAAAAGAAAGCUGAGGUACGCUGUGCGCGACGUUUCGACUUUACACGCCGAAACUAACUCGGUCUCACGUAGGGAUGGUUUACCAGCAGGGAUUGCGACGAUGCGAGUCACCGUCGAAGCGCGCGAACAAGUAGAAGUAAUAGCCAUGCACGCGUUUGAGCGUGUAUUUGAGCGCUUGCGAGCGAUCGCAGAGGUGUGUAUCGUGUUGCUCGUUGGAAUUAAUUUAUUAAUAUUUCUUGCAGGGAUGGGUGCGAUGGUCGACGCAAAAAAAAGCGAUGAGCGACGCGAACACGUGGGAAGCAAUACAAAGGUACGGUGCAUGACAGAAAUAAAUAUUGUCACGAAUCUCACAUCUAUCGCUCACAAACGCAGCGACUUAAAGAAAUUCGAGAGAUUAUUUGACGCUUUGUCCGAAUUAAGUCCAACAACCGCGGAUGCUUUCGCGCGUCUAUAUUGCCAAAGCUGCGUUGAAGUGAUGCGAUGCGAUAUAGUGAUGAUUAUGGACGCGAUCGACAAACAAGAUACUGAAGCAGAUGCCAUAAACGUGAGUUCUUCUCGAUUUCAAUGA